AUGAAAUACCCCUGGAACUCCCUUUAUGCAAAAUAUAUCGAUGAUCCUAAUAAGAAGCCAUUGACUGAUAGGAAACUCAUUAACAGAUCAGCCCUAUUAAGUGUGCUCAUCUCCUUUUUCAUAAUUUGCAUAUUUAUUCCUCUAGUUAAUUACUUAAACACCAAAAGUUUUGUUUUUAAAAUCAAUCACAAAUUAAAGCAUCACGUUUUCUCAAGGCAUAAAUUUAUCCAUAGGUCAAAGCUAUAUCAUAACACAAGUUUGCAACAAUUUUCACUUUGGACACUCAUCGGAUUUUCAUGUUGCUAUAUUUAUAGCGAGCAUAAUGUUGUCGAGUUCACUAAACGUUUAGGUAGAGUAUCAUUGGCUAUGAUGGGACCGUUACUUUUUCUAACUUUGAGACCCUCGCCAUUGCCUCAUACGUUAUACUUGUCGCUAAUACCUAUUCACAAAUGGAUGGGUCGAGUAAUAAUUUUACAAAGCUUACUUCACACAAUAUUAUAUUGUUUUUAUUUCAUAAGCACUAAUAAGAUGGCUAAAAUUUACAAAAUGGCCAAUAUGUGUGGUGUUGUAUCGAUCGUGUUUUUUUUCAUUAUUAUGAUAUCCUCAAUAUCCUUUACUAGGAGAAUGAGCUUUAAAUGGUUUUAUUUUUUACAUUAUAUUUGUACUGUAUUAACAAUUCCGUUAUUAGAUAUUCAUUCACGGCCUAAAUCUAGAUGGUACACUGUAUUUAACUAUUCAAUGAUAUUUUUUCAAAUCAUUUAUAGAAUCUCAAAGACAAAUAAAACAAAGGUAACAGUAGUUAAAAUAUCCUCAAGUUUAUCCUUGAUGGAAUUCCCAUUAGAAUCUCUAAAAAAGCAACCAAUAUUACCAUCUGGCCAUGUCAGGAUUAAUAACUAUCACAAUUUUUUUUUAAAGAGAUGGUUUUAUCACUUAGUUCCACUACAACACCCUUUUACCAUUGCAAGUUUGCCCAAUGAAAAGAACGUCAAGUUAAUUAUAAGAAGAGGAAAUUUUCCUUUGAAUAAUGAUAAGUAUUAUUAUAUUACAGGAUGUUUUGAACCAAAGAUCGAUUUUAUCAGUAAGAAUUUUAGUAAUAAUUCCUCAUUGUCAAGAUUGUUUCAAAAAUCGCCAUUGCACUAUAACAUAAAGGCCAGAAGAGUAAUGGUUGUUGUUGGCGGUAGCGCUAUAUCUUUUGGCUUGCCAAUGUUGAGAAUCUUGAAUUUUAACGGUGUAAAUGUUAGAUUGCUUUGGGUCACUAGAGAUUAUAAAGAUUUGUGUUUAUUAAAUUAUUUUAAAAAUAACUUUAAUGGAAUGGAAAUAUAUAUUACUGGAGAUGUAGCUAAUGAACAAGAUUUAAGAAUAGAUUAUAUUGAUUGGGAAAAUCAUGGCAGAUGCACAGACAAUGAAGGAGAACCUGUCGGCCGUCGGUGGUCAGCUGGAGGAUCUGCAGACGAAUGGGAUGCCAAUAUCAAUAACAGUGUUGGUCGUUCACCGUUACAAGGAUUUUUAAAUAAAAAAAAAUCACAAGGUUCCUUAGUUAGUGUUGAUGAUGAAAACGAGAUAGAUUUUACCGCAAGAUUUGAGCCUUUGAAAAAAAGGGGGAAGAAAUUGAGUGAUGAAUUGGCUUCAGAGACCAAUAAUGACCGUCUAGAUGAAAAUAACACUUUUGUACAACCUAACGAGACUACAAAACUUCCAAUUGAAACUGUGAAUUCUUACAAUUCCACAGAAUUAUCAACUAAUACUCAAGAUCUUUUGUCCUCCUCAUUUCGUAAGCCAGCAAUCAUUAUACCACCCGAUGACGAAGGUAAUAUUAGGAGUAGUAAAAACUUUGGCAAUGAAACCAAAUUGAAGAUACCCGCCGGUGUAAGAUUGUUUUUUGGUAGACCUAAUUUAUGUGACGAUGAUUAUCAAUGGUGCUUGCAAAAGGAAUGUAUAGGUCCAUCCGACACCAAUGAAUGCUGUGAUCCAAACGUAGCAACCAGCACACAUGUUGAAGACUUGGAUAACGUAUGGGUGUUGGCUGCUGGCCCUGUAGGCUUGGUGGACAAAACAAGAAGAUGGGCCACAGACCAUGGCCUACAUUACCAUGAAGAAAAAUUUUAUGUAUAG